AUGGUUCUUCCGCAGCACGCAAACAUGGAUCAGAAGCAGAUGCAGAAGCUGCUCCUCAUGGGGCCUGGCGGAGCCGGCAAGACGUGCAUGCGCAGCAUCAUCUUUGAUAACUACCUCCCUCGCGACGCGCUGCGACUCGGCAUCACCAUCUCGCUCGAUCAGAGCCAGGUGCACAUAUUGCGCAACCUCUUCUUGAACCUGUGGGACUGCGGCGGCCAGCACCGCUACGUCACGGAGUACUUGAAUCGCCAGAAGGAGUACAUCUUUCGCUACGUCGGCGUCAUGCUCUUUGUGUUUGAUAUCAACAGCAUGUGCCGCGACAGCCACGGCGGGAUCGGCGGCCCUGGUGGCGUUGGUGGCGAGGGCAGCAGCGCUACGACGGAUUGGAAGCUGCCGGAGAUGCUGGAGUACUUCCGCGAGGCAAUGCGUUUUAUUCGCCAAUACAGCCCCAAGGCAAAGGUGUUCGUGCUUCUGCACAAGAUCGACCUCAUCCACAAGGACAUCCGCGAGGAGAUCUUCCAGGCACGCAAGCAAGAGAUCUUGAACUGCAUCGACUCUGGCGACGGCAUGGAUAUCGAGUUCUUUGGCACCAGCAUCUGGUCAGACUCGCUUUACCUAGCCUACAGCUCGGUAGUACGUUCGUUAGUGCCGCACCGCGACGUGCUGGUGGAGACGAUGCGCGGCAUCGCAAUAGCGUGCGACGCCGCCGAGGUGGCGUUGUACGAGCGGAGCACCUUUCUAUGCCUGACACACAUCAACCGCAAGACCGCUGCCGAUGGCUCCAAGGCACUGUUUCUUCAGGGCGACGGGGAGCUGCGCACGACAGAGGUGAGCGAGACGGUGAAGCACUUCAAGCUGAGCUGCAUGAACAACACGACCAGCCUUGGCGGACUGAGCAUCGCCACGGAGACGUUCACGGCGCUCUUGUGUCCGUUUACGGAGUGCACGCACGUGCUGGUCGUGUCGGUAGACCCGAAGGUGAACGUGGAGCUCCAUCGUCUCAACGUGAAUGCCGCACGACGGCGUUUUGAGCAGUUCCUGGACUCUGACGAGCCCACCGCGUGUGCGAUGCGCGAGGUUCUGUAA